AUGCUUUUAAACCAACCUAUUGUACAGUAUUAGUUGUUUUAGAGAAAAUAAAUAUUUUAAUUACAAAAACAGACUUAAAAUUAAGAUAAUAUUUAUGUAUUUAAGAUUUAUGAUUUUUGUUUCAUAGAGCCAAACACACCAUAGAAUGAUAUACUAUUGCAGUUACCAAUCAAAAAACCAGAAAGAAAGCAUGAAUCUUUCUCUUUUAUCCAGGGAUUUCUCUUAUAUUAACAGGGGCCUAAACUAAAAUGUAGCUUGGGAAUGAAUCUUUUUGUUGCUUAUAAGCUAUUGAAAGAUACUGAAAUAGUCUAGAUGGUGUUAAUUCCAGAAUAGAAAGGAUAUAUUAAGUUAUUAGAGGCAAAAUCUUAAGGUAAUCUUUAAUUCCUCAAUCGGGAUUUAUUGAGUAUACAUGUUUCUCCUUAAGUUAGGGUAUAAAUUUAAGACAUUUUUUCCUCCUUGAAUGUUUCUGGAGAGAUAUCUGCUUAGGGUAAAUGUAAGAGAAAAGAAAAAUUGAUAUUAUGUCAAGUUCUUCAAUUCAAAAAAGAGAAUUUAAUUCUAGUUUUUCUCUAAGCUUCUCGAAUUAAAAAAUAUAAAAAUGUAUUUUUUAUACUGAAAAAUAUUUAACUAUGUGUUUAUGUAAACUAUUUUUAUCAUAUAAUUUAUAUGAGAAAGCUGAUAAAAAUGGAGAAUAAUAAUUAUUUAAUUUUAUUUUAAGAAAUAAUGUAAAUUCUAUAAUUUAUAAUUGAGCAUAUUGUUUUAUAUAAUUAGAAGUUAAGUAAAAAAUUAAUUAUCUUUUAAAUAAUUCUAAGAGAGUUUUUUAUUCAUUUAAAGUGGUUUGGAUUUUUAUAUUUAAUGUUAAUAUAAAUGGUUUGUUAUAAUAAAAUUGCACAGAGUCCAGAUUGAUUUUUUGCAUAUGCAUUAAGGAGGGUUACCACACUUAACAUAAUGAAGAUGUGAAAGAGAUAUAAAAUUUUAGAUAACUUGUUGAGAAUAAAAAUUAAGAAUGUGAUAAUUUGAUUCAUUAGCUUAACAAAUAAAUAGAAACUGUUUAUCAAUCAUUUUCUAAAUUUACAUAAGGAAUUAGAAAUAAAUAUUAAUUAUCAAUUGAAAAAUUACUUAAAUUGAAUUCGAAAUAAGUCAAUGAUUUCUUGAAUUAACUCAUUAAAUUUGCAGAAUAUAAAUAAUCAAUAAUAUAAAUUUUAAAAUAAUUGACCAUAAAAAUGGUUAAAAAUUUUGAUAGUUUGAAGGAAUAAUUAACAUUAUCAUCAGUUACUUAUUAUCAGAUUAAUAAUGAAAAAUAACAAUAAUUCAUUUCAUUAUAUGGUCAAAGUAAAUUAGUCAUCAUUUUAUUUAGGCUAAACUUUCGUUUAAUAAGGAAAAUAUAAAGAGACCAUAGAAUUAUUGAAUUAAGUUAUUCAAUUAAAUCCUAAUUAUUAUCAAGCAUUAACUUUUAAAGGUAAAACUUAUCUAUAUUUAUAGGUUAAUGCCUAAUGGAGCUAAACAAAAAUGAAGAGGUAAUGAUUUGGUUACAUAAGGCUUUAGCUAUCAAUCCUCAGCAUGUUAUCUCCUUAUAGAAGGAAGGUAGAUUUAAUAUUUAUUAGAUUUAUAGGUGAAUGCUUAAAAUGUUUAGGCAAAUAUUAGGAUGCAAUAAAUUAAUAAGAUAAAGUAUUAUUAAUUGAUCCUAAAAAUGUGAUUUCAUUAUGUGAAAAAGGUUGAUGUAAUAUAAUAAAAUUAAUAGGUCAUUGCUUAAUGAGAUUAAAAAAAUACAAGGAUUCUUUAAAUUAUCUAAAUUAAGCACUUUUCAUUAGUCCUGGCGAUAACAUUUCCUUCGAUAACAAAGGUAUCUAGUUAUUUUAUGGUAGGUCGCUGUUUAGAAUAUUUAGGAAAUUAUAUGGGCGCUCUGAUUUGUUAUCAAUAAUUAUUAUAGAGAGAAUCUAAUCUUCAAUGGACAAAAGAUCGUAUAGGCAUUUUAUCAACAUAAAUAAGAAUUUUGUUAAAAGUAAAAUUAACUAAUGAGUAAUUAAAUAAUCAUAAAUCUAUUUCUUAUUUUCUAUUUAUUCUUCUUAAAUUGUGGUUUAAUAAUUUAAAAAAGAUAAGUAUCAGUAACACUGAUUUAAUUCUAUCUUUUUUAUUUAAAUUCUAAAUCUAAAUAUUUGUUCUAAUCAUUUGCAAAUAUAAUAAUCAAUUUAAAUCAUAUUUAACUAACUUUGAAUAAAUGCUAUUACCAUCAAAAGAUAAUACGGAAAAUUAUUAAAAAUUGUAAAAUCUUCUAAAAAUAUGGGUUUCGAUAUUAUGUCUGAGUCAAAUAUCAAAUUAAGAAUUAUUAUUUAAACAUCUUAAAACUCUUUAUAUUUCAGGGUUAAAUAAAUUGGUGCUUAUAUGUGAUAGAAUAAAAUGA